ACUGACUAAGAGGUUUUGCAAAAGUUGCCGAGAAGUUCAAGCAAAUGUCCCUUGCUCCUGUGUGCUGAUUGCGCCAGGGUGGCUGUGAUUCAACGCAACUUCCAGGAAUGAGAAGAGGAGGUGGUGAAAGCCCUGUCUCAGGCUGAGGCCCCAUUGCAGCACCAAUGGACAGCGUGUACUCGGUGGAGCCGGCACCACAUGGUGCCAGCCCCACUUCCCUGGAGGCGCUCAGCUUCUUGGAGCCCCUGGCAAACAGCACUGAGGAGCAGUGUUUCAGCGCCCGCUCCCGCAGCACCGUCCUGCAAGGCCUGCCCUUCGGUGGGGUGCCCACUGUGCUCGCCAUCAACUUCAUCCUCUGGCUGCUUCUCCUUCUGGUCUUCUCCUGCCUUCGGAAAGCAGCUUGGGACUAUGGCCGCCUGGCACUGCUGAUGGACAAUGAUAGUUUGACAUCGCUUUUCUAUGGCGAGCAGAGUGAGAAAGAGAAGUCCCCAUCUGAGACCAGCCCCCUGGACACAGACAACAAGGAUGUGGGAUUCUGCUCCUGGCUUAUUUCUAUCUACCAAAUGAAGGAUGAGGAAAUUCAGAGUAAAUGUGGGAUCGAUGCCACCACAUACCUGUCCUUCCAGCGGCAUCUCCUGGUCCUGCUCAUGUUGGUCUGUGUGCUCUCCGUGGCUGUUAUCCUGCCCGUCAACUUUUCAGGGGACCUCCUGGGAAACAAUCCCACCCACUUUGGGCGGACAACCAUCGCCAACAUCCCAACACAGGACCGUCUCCUGUGGCUUCACAGUAUCUUCGCCCUCAUCUAUUUCAUCCUCACCAUUCUCUGCAUGGCCCAUCACUCCGUCCAUCUCGAGUACAGGGAGAACGAGAAGGUCGCCCGGACACUGAUGGUCACCCGGAUUCCCAAGGAGAUAACAGACCCUUCCCUGAUCAUCAAGCAUUUCCAUGAGGCUUAUCCCAGCUGCACCGUCACCAACGUCCAGUUCUGCUUCGACGUGCGCAGGCUGAUGAAGCUGGAUGCGGAGAGGCGCAAGGCAAUGAAGGGGCGACUUUACUUCACCACCAAGGCACAGAAAGAAGGAAAGAUCAUGAUCAAAACUCACCCUUGUGCCCGCAUUUUCUGCUGUCGCAUCUGUGGCUUUGAGCAGGAGUGCUCUGCAAAGCGACCUUGCCUGCAGGUGGAUGCUGAGCAGUACUAUGGGGAGCUGGAGGAGAAACUCACGGACGAGUUCAAUGCCGAGCGCAAUCGCAUCACGCUCAAGCGUCUCGACAUGGCCUUCGUCACCUUCCAGGAUGAGAGGAUGACGGCUGUGAUUUUGAAGGACUACGGUCACAACCACUGUCGUAAGCACCCCCAGCAAUCCUCUGUGACAACAGUGGUCAAGUCACACCACUGGGGAGUUAGCUACGCACCAGCACCCAGUGAUAUCAUAUGGGAGAAUUUAUCUGUCCGUGGCACAUCAUGGUGGGUGCGAUUUAUCCUCCUUAACAUCUGCCUCUUCAUUCUUCUCUUCUUCCUUACCACACCGGCCAUCAUCGUCAACACUAUGGACAUGUUCAAUGUCACACGGCCUGUGGAGAGCCUCAAGAAUCCCAUCAUUACACAGUUCUUCCCUACGCUGCUGCUCUGGGCCUUCUCUGUCUUCCUGCCCUUCAUUGUCUACUACUCUGCAUUCUUCGAGGCACACUGGACAAGGUCAAGUGAAAAUCAACUCACAAUGCACAAAUGUUUCUUUUUCCUGGUGUUUAUGGUCAUCAUCCUGCCUUCGCUGGGACUGACCAGUUUGGAUCUAUUCUUCCGCUGGCUCUUUGACAUGCACUUUCUGGAUGAGGCCGAUAUCAAGUUCCAGUGCGUUUUCCUUCCAGACAAUGGCGCUUUCUUUGUCAACUACGUGGUCACCUCCAGCCUGAUUGGGACGGCCAUGGAGCUGCUGCGCAUCCCUGGCCUCCUUGUCUACACCGCCCGGCUCUGCUUUGCCAAGUCGGAGCCUGAACGGCUCCACAUCAAGCGGAGCCAAGCCUACCAGUUCCAGUUUGGGCUGGAGUACGCCUGGACCUGCUGCAUCUUCUCAGUCGUCAUGACCUACAGCAUCACUUGCCCCAUCAUUGUCCCCUUUGGUUUGCUCUACAUGCUGCUGAAGCAUAUGGUCGACCGGUACAACAUCUACUACGUGUACAUCCCCACCAAGCUGAACCAGCGCCUCCAUGUUGCUGCCAUCAGCCAGGUCGUGGUGGCCCCCAUCCUCUGCAUGUUCUGGCUACUCUUCUUCUCCGUCCUGCGCCUUGGUCCUACCCGUCCUGUUACCCUCUUCACUUUUGUGGUCCUUCUCUCUUGCAUCAUCUUCUCCUUCUUUGGCCUCUGCCUGAAGAAGCUGCAGCCACGGAAACCUUCCAGCUACCAGAUGUCCGACCAGUCUGACAGCGCCUUCAACGACACGGAGCGGAGCAGCGUGUCCUCCACCCCCAACUCCAACCUCUUCGUGGCCACCGUCCUGCAGGAGCCCGAGCUGAGCCUCACGCCGGCGGCCUCCCCGGCACACCAGUCCUACGGGACCAUGGGCAACCACCUGGAGCCGGCGGAGGACGGCGAGGAGGGCGGCCUGCAGAGCUUCGAGACGGAGCUGGAGACGGUGGAGGGCGAGUACAGGACGGGGCCGGUGAUGGAGAGCCAGGCCCGCUACCAGUGAGCGUCCCCGCCGCUGGGGCGAGCCCCGGCCAGGCCCGAGAGCGGAGGAUGCGGUGGGGACGGGAAGGAGCCUCCCCGCCACCCCGGCUCCCGCACCACCACCUCUACCCUGCUGCCACCGCACGGCACCGGCACCCCGGGGCCCAGCUCACCACGGGGCCUGGGCAGCAGGAGUGACGUGUGGGAGAGCACCCUGUGUCCCCCCACCCAGCUCCGCACACCCCUGCGCUGCAGCCCCCUCCACGGCUCCCUGCCUCUGCCGGCGACCUGGCCGGGCUGCCCUGUGCCCUCCUUUGCUCCUUGCUGCAGGGCAGAGGGGGCAGCAGUGUGGGGAGAGGGUCCCUCUUGAAGGCCACGCAGGGAGGGCGGCUGUGACCCCGCCGGGAGGGGGGAUAUCCCAGACAGCUCAAGUGAAUGUGUCGGACGGCCAAGCA